AUGCAGAUUUCUCGAUACACAUCCCAAAUACCACCAUCCUCAAACCACACCCCACAUAAUCAUCCCAUCCCCAAUACACCCAUCCCCAACAAGCAUCCUCUAAUACACUCAUCCCCAGAUAACAAUCCCAAUAAUACACUACCCAAUAACCACAUUUCUUCCCCAAUACACCAUCCCCAAUACACAUCCCCCAACUACACAUCCCCCAAUACACCAUCCACCAAUCACCCAUCCCAACCAGCCACCCCCCACUACACCCACUCCAGUACAGUAUCCAAUCCAGAUCCCAAUACACCAUCCCCAAUUACACCAUCCUCAAUACAGCAUGCCCCCACACCCCUCAAUACACCUCCCCACCCUCCCCUCACCAUCCCCCAUCACACAUCCCCAAUACGCAUCCUCAACCCAGCAUCUCUUCCAAUCACGCCUCCCCCCAAUCGUAUCCUCAAUACACUAUCCCCAAUCACACUAUCCUCGAUACACACAUCCCCCAACUACACCAUCCCCCAAUACACCAUCCUCAAUACAGCACCUUCAAUACCACCAUCUCAUACCACAUCCCCAAUACCUUCCCCCUCCAACCCUCCCCAUACACAUCCUCCUACAGCAUCCGCCAAUACAACCAUCCUCUCAUACAGCAUUCCCAACUACACCAUCCAUCAACACCAUUCCCCAAUACACAUCCCCAAUUCACACCCCCAGAUUACACCACCUCCUCCAACACAGCCACCCUCACCAAUCUCAAUUCACCAUCCCCAACUACACCUAUUCCUCAAUACACCAUCCCAAAUACACCACUUCCCAAUACAGCAUCCCUCAAUCACCACCCAUCCUCAAACACCAUCCCCAACACAGCACCCCCACAAUACCUACCCUCCCCAAUACACCAUCUCCCAUACCAGCAUCCUUCCCAAUACAGCAUCCUCCAUACACCCCCUCAACGACACCAUCUCAAUACACCACCCCAAUACUCACUCAUCCCCAAAACACUAUCCCCAAUCACACUCCCCAAUUUACGGCAUUCCUCACUACAGUAUGCCCCCAACACCACUAUUCCUCAUACACCAUCCCCAAUACAUCCAUCACCCAAUACACCAUCCCUCAAUCACACCAUCGUCAAAUACCCAGCCAUUCCUCAAUACAGCAUCCCCAUACACCUCCUUCCAGCAUUCCCCAACCCAUCUCAAUCACACCCAUCCCCAAUACACCAUUCCCCAAACAACCAUCCCCUCAAUACAGCCCCAAUACACCAUCCUCGAUCACACCAUCCUCCAAUACACCCAUCCCCAAGUGGAGCACCAUCCUCAACUUAACAGAUCCUCAAUACACCACAUCCCCAAAACCAUCCCCAAUUACACCAUCCCCACUACAGCAUUCCCAAUACACCCUCCCUCAAUACAGCAUUUCGCCAAUAACCACCCAAUCCUCACUACAGCCAUCCCAAUACACCCAUCCCCAGCACCAUCCCCACAAUACACAUCCCAAUACACCAUCCCACAAACACCCAUCUCCCAAUACACCAUCCCCAUAUACACCAUCCCCAAUACACUAUCCCCAACACACCAUCACUCAAUUACACCAUCCAAUACACCCAUCCCCAAUACAGCCAUCCUCAAUACACCCAUUCCCCAAUACACCAUCCCCGCACAGCUAUCCCCAAUACACCCCCCAAUACACCAUCCCAAUCACAGCAUCCCAAUUAACUCCCCCAACAACACCACCCCUCAAACACAUCCCCAACUACACCAUCCCCCAAAAUCCCCAAUAAAGCCCAGUGCUCUCAUCAAACACCAUCCACCAACUACUACAGCAUCUCUCAAUACAGCCAUCCCCAACUACACCAUCCUAAUACACCCAUCUCAAUCUACACAAUCCCCAAUACACCAAUUCCCCAACACAACCAUCUCCAAUACCACUCCCCAACAGCAUCCUCCAAUACAGGAUCCCAACCCAUUACCCCCAAUACACCAUCCCCAAUAA